CAGAGAAUUUCAGGUCUGAAUCGAGUUUAGAGAAGAAGAAAAAAAGGAGAAUGAAGAAGACCUUUGUAUGUAAUGAUUCGAUGAUCAUCACUAUUCCCAUUGGAAAUCUCAAGGACCAUGGAGCGGGUCAACUGAUGCCAGAAAAAUUCCAGUGUGUGUUCAGAGAUCCCUACAAGGUCUUUGUUAUUAAGGGAAGACCUAAACCUCUCGGAGCAGCCCAAGCCAUCGCCGGUGUGUUUCUUUGCAUCCUUGGUCUGAUUUUGGAUAAAAUGAUCAACAUGAUCUACACUCUCCCCAGUGUUCUGUUUGUCGUCUGUGGUAUGCUGUCUUAUGCUGCAGGAAAAGCUCCACACAUGUACAUGGCAAAGCUGUCAUUCUCAUUGAACAUUAUGAGCUUCUUCUGGUCAAUUGCGGCAUUUUAUAUCAGCGGGAUCCACUUGCAAACCUCGCCAGGUUAUGACUCACACAGUUUAAUGGUGCUUAAUGGAAUCAAUGGAUUGGUAAUGAGUCUGCUGGUUGUUGAAAAUUUAGUAGCCCUAUUCUUGAUCUACUGGUUAAGUAAAGCUGUUUGCAGACAACACUUCAACACUUUGCCCAUCAUACUGCUGAAACAGGGUGACAGGGAUUUAAAGGCUUGAUGGAGCUCAAAAAACCCAAGACCACAACAACCAGCCAUAUUAAUACAUAAACUUUUAACUUCUUGAUUGUAUGAAAAGUGCAUAGCAGCCUAUCAGUGUCAUAUACCCCUCAAUAUGCUGUAUGCUAUACAAAGAAGUGUAAAGUUAUUUUUGUUUCUGUUUCAGAAAUAGUUGGAAAUAGUUAAUAGUUCCAAAGAGCAAUUGCAUUUGAAUAUAAUGUGCUACCUAUUACUUAUGUUUUUGUACAAUUGGCUGUUUAUAUUGCCUUUUUAUAUAAUUUUAUAACAGCAAUCAUAUCCAUGUAAAAAAAAACAACAAAAGAAACAAAAAAAAAAACAAAACGGUUUUUAGAUCAUAAUUGAAAAAUUUCAACAACAACCUACAUUUUCCCAUUGGCUCUGUAUUUCAUUAAUCACUUUAGAUUGAUUAUUGAUUGUUAUGAUAGCCUAUAGAUCGGCUGGCUUGACUGCAUGGCUGUUGAACAGAUAUCAAACAUUGAGGAUUUUAGCAGCUUGUUCUCUCACAAUUCUUUUAUUCCAUUAGAAACUGCAAAGGCAUAUAGAUUUCUCUAAAAAUUUCAGCAACACACUGGGGAUUUUCUGGGGAUUUUUGUGUGUAUACUUUUUGUUUUUUGAUUUUGUGUGACUGCAUUCAGCUUCAGAUCAGUGGGUUAUUCUGGACUGUUUGUAUCUCAUUUAA